AUGGAGGUGGAAUGUGACGGAGUCUCGAGAGUCAACGUGAAAGCAUGCGAAGGGGAGCUCAGAUCAAGUCAACGGCCAUGGCGAUUAUCAACUGUGGAGUUACAGCUGAAUGGACUGACAAUGGUUUUGAGAUAUGGGGAAAGGGAAGAAAGAUGGGGAAGAAAAAGGUUGGCUUGGAGCUUGAAAAGGCUGCUGCGUGCGUCUGCGACUCAAAGCUCCUUGUCGUCGGUCAAGACUCGAGAACUCCUUUUCGCCGGUCGUCGAUUCGUCUAUUUCGGUAACAGUAUUAUUUUGGGGGUCUGCUGUUUAAAGUUCUUGGAAUACUAUUGGCCAACAGGGAAAACGAGCUGUUCGUUAGUUGCUAUCAGAAAAAUGGGUUUAUGGACACUGCUUGAGGGCUGUCUGCUACUUGCCAAUGCACUGGCCAUACUAAAUGAAGAUCGAUUUCUUGCUCCAAGAGGAUGGAGUUUUCAGGAAUAUUCUGGUGUCACUCGGAACUCGUUCAAGGGGCAGAUUCUUGGCCUAAUAUAUGCGACCCAGUACUUAAGGGUCCCUCUCAUUCUUCUCAAUUUGCUUUGCAUCGUUGUAAAACUGGUAUCCGGCUGA